AUGGAUCCCGACGCGGACAAGAACGACGGGCUAUCGUCGGUCGUCACCGACGACGGAACGGAGCCGUCGUCGCAGCGGCUCCCUCGUGCCAUGAGCGUCGACGCACCGGAGAUGACCAUCUCGGAAGCUCCCGACAAAAUUACCAACCAGGGUGAGUCGAGAACCGUCCAGCCCCCAUUCUCGUCAUCGACGUCCGUCUUGCCGGGUCCGCAUCGUGCCUCUGACGCUCGAUCAGCCCCUCCCCCGCUUUCGGAGCAGGUCAAGAUCAUCGAAACGCUGUUGAAGGAGUUUGCCGACGCGCCCGUCAAGGAGGGUGACGUCGCGUACUUGGUUUCGCGUUCGUGGUUGGCCAAGGCCCUUGCUCUGCGUGCCGACCCCAAAUCGGCCGACGUCCAGAUGGAUGCCGACGAGACCUCGCUCGGGCCCGUCGACAACUCGGACAUCAUCGACGAGGUCGUCAAGGACGCCGCCGGCGGCGACUUCGUUCGCCUGAACCGAGGAUCCGACUUGAACGACUUCGAGCUCUUCAGCGAGACGGCUUGGAAUCUCGUCGUCGACUGGUACGGCAUCAAGCCGGGCCAGGUGGCCAUCACCCGAACCGCCGUCAACACGGCGGACAGCAGGCAGGCGCCCCCCAACCUCAUGUACGAGUUUCAUCCGCCCGUGUUUCGUCUUCACCGUCUCUGGUCCGAAGUCAGCCCCCUGCCGAUCGAGCAGACGCUCAAGGCCAAGAAUCCGCCUCCUCUCGUCCUCGUGAGGAGCGCGACGACGCAUGCGCAGACCUUCCUGAAGGAGGUCAAGACUCUCGCCGACAUACCCAUCGCCCACAGGGUCCGCCUCUCUUCCGUUCCCGACGAUGCCCAACCUUCGGCCGGCCCGUCCGAGUCGAGGUCCGCCCUGACCCCGCCGGACUCGCCCGGACGCGCGCGAGGACGAGGGGGCCGGUGGCCGAAGCUCUUGCUUGACGUCGCAUCCUUCGCCCAAACCCUACCGGUCCGAGUCCAGGUCCGGCUGGCGGACCAAACGAUGAACGACAAGUUCAACGGCCAGUCCACGCUGCAGCACUACGACCUGGCCACCGACCAGACGCUGGUUCUGGACGAGGCCAUCGGCGACCGCUGGGUCAGCACCUACACCGGUCGGGAGAAGGCUUCCCCCAAGGCCAUCCCGUCGAGGACCGGCGUCGCCGCCCGUCCGUCGAGACCCGGCAGCAACAGGGGUAGCCCGGCGCGCGAAGGCCCCCUCACGCGUGGUCGAGCGCAGAAGAAGCGCCUGGGCCGGAACGCAGGCGCCGUCGGUCUGCAUAAUCUCGGCAACACCUGCUACAUGAACUCGGCGCUGCAGUGCGUCCGCAGCGUCGAGGAGCUGACCAAGUACUUCCUGACCGAAUCUCACCUCCCGGAGAUCAACCAGACCAACGUGCUCGGCUACGAAGGGAGGGUGGCCAUCGCCUACGGCAACCUCCUGCGAGAGAUAUACGAAGACGGCAGGAGCGCCGUCAGCCCUCGGGAGUUCAAGACGACCGUCGGCCGCUGUCGGCCGACCUUUUCCGGAUGGGGCCAGCAGGACUCUCAGGAGUUCCUCGGCUUCCUGCUCGAUGCCCUGCAGGAGGACCUGAGCCGCAUCAAGAAGAAGCCGUACAUCGAGAAGCCGGACUCGACCGACGACAUGAUCAACAACCCCAAGGCGAUCCGGGAGAUGGCCGACAAGGUAUGGGACAUCACUCGCAAGCGAGACGAUUCCGUCAUCGCCGACCUCUUCACCGGCAUGUACAAGUCGACGUUGAAGUGUCCCGAGUGCGGCAAGAUCAGCAUCACCUUCGACCCCUUCAACAACUUGACCCUUCCGCUGCCGAUGGAGGACAUGUGGGCCAAGACGAUCAAGUUCCUUCCGCUCAACGACGCCCCCGUCAAGCUCGAGGCCGAGCUGCCCAAGCACAGCACCGUCGAAUCCCUGAAGAAGUUUGUCUCGCAGCGGACCGGCGUGCCCGUGGAGCGGCUGAUGGGCGCCGAGGAGUUCAAGGAUCGCUUCUUCAAGAUAUACGACAACGCCCAGGACGUCUCCGAGGAGAUUCAAUCGUCCGACGUGCCGACCAUGCAUGAGCUGGACGCGGUGCCGACGAACUGGCCGGCAAGAUCACGGCAGAAAAAGUAUCGCUCCAUGCUGGACAUUGACUCGCCCCCCGAGUCGACGGAUUCGGACGACGACCAGUGCGAGACCAUGGUCGUUCCCGUUCUCCAUCGCCGGCCGCAGCUGCAGGGCCGCGGAUCGGAUGCCUUGCCGCCUCCGCACUUCAUCACGCUGACAAAGGCCGAGGCAUCGAGCAUGGACGCGAUUCAGCGCAAGAUUCUGGAAAAGGUUGCCACCUUUUCCACCUGGGCCGGCUUCGCCGACGGCGCUCGCGAGGGGGAAGCGGCCGACUUCAUGGACGGCGACGUCGUCGUCACGACGGCCUCGGACGCCGACUCGUCGGGCGACGCCAAGGUGGCAACCCGCUCGGUCGAGGGUGAGGAUGACAUUGUCGACAUCACCAUGAAGGGAACCGACGACAAGAGCAGCGCGCAGUCCAGCAUCCUGAAGCGUUUCAACACGACGCGCCCCCGCUUCCUGCGCGCGGAAAACUUGGUCGACGCGAAACUUCAAAACGUCUUCGAGCUAUGCUACUUUAAGAGCGACUCGGACGGCACCGUCCCGACGGGUUGGUCCAGCGUCGACGGCACCAGAGUGCUGCCCAAACUGGCGGACCGGAUCCCAGAGCUCCAGGAUGACGGUGGCGAGAGCCCCGAGAGCAUGGGCAGCCCCGGCUUUGGCAACGACGACAGCAGCAACGACGACGAGGCGGACGUCGAGGAGUCCCAAACACGAAUGAUGCACGAGUCCAGCGACGAGGACGCAUCGCCGGUCUCGCGGGUACGUCGGCGCUUCGAUCCCCACCUUGGUGUCGGCGAGCUAACAGCGCCUCAGUUCGCGGGCCGCCACGGCCGCCAGAACCAAAGGUUCGGACCCGGCGGUCGGAAGGGCUUCAAGGGGCAGAAGACGUACGGCAAAAAGGGCGGCAAGCGGCGCGACAAGCAGAUGCGGGCCGGCAAGCACGCGCAUCGCGUCCCCGCCGUGGAGCCGCAGCCCAUGCCCCCGGCCGUCGCCGACGGCGGGCCCCUCGUUCGGCUCUACGAGGGGGUCGUCGUCGACUGGAACGAGGACGCGUGGGAGAUGCUCUUCGGCGGCGCGCCCGGACGGAAGGACGGCGCGCAGGGAGCCAAGACGUACACGGACCUCGAGCUGCUGCACGAUUCCGUGCUCAAGCAGCACAAGAGACGACGAAUCAGCCGCAAGAACAACGGCAUCACGUUGGACGAGUGUCUCGACGAGUUCGAACGGGCCGAAGUCUUGUCCGAGCAGGACAUGUGGUACUGCCCCCGCUGCAAGGAGCACAGGCGAGCGAGCAAGAAGUUUGACCUGUGGAAGACGCCGGACAUUCUGGUGGCGCACCUCAAACGUUUCAGCAGCUCCGGUUGGCGUCGCGACAAGCUCGACAUCCUCGUCGAGUUUCCCAUCGAGAAUCUGGAUCUCACCUCGAGAGUGAUCCAGAAGGAGGAGGGCAAGGACGAGAUCUACGACCUCAUCGGCGUCGACGACCACUACGGCGGCCUCGGCGGCGGCCACUACACGGCCUACGCCAAGAAUUUUGUCGACGGACGAUGGUACAGCUUCAACGGUAAGUCGUGCAGGGAAGCGACGUGUGAUGUGACGAUGAAGGCGCUGACUCAAAAGGAUAGACUCGUCGGUGCACGUCGUCUCGGACCCCUCUACGAGAAGGAAAGCCCUCGGUCGGAGGAUGAGAAGUCGGAGUCGGACGACGACGGCGAGGCGGGAAGCAAGCCUCGCGGCGAGCAGGUCACAGACGCUCCCGACGACGGCGGCCGGCUCCACCAUGACGGAUUGGUUCGACGAAGCAUCGAAAACGACGGCAUCGGCGACGACAUGGAAGGCAGCCACCGGCGAGUGGGGUCACAGUCGCUCGAGAUGACGCAAGGCUGGAACUUUGACGGGCUCGAGGGUCAAGACGGCGACUGCGCGAGCGACGAUGCCCAGUUCGACUCGGGCGACGACGGACACGGGGACGUCGCCCAUCAGGGCAACGAGAGGGCCGCCGCCGGCUCUCGCGAGGGCAGCGCUCAGUGGGAAGACCGGCGCGUCCUCUCGGUGCCGGCCGAUGGCGCAGGCGGCAGCGACGUCGAGGAAGUGACGGAGAUUCAUCUCGAAAGUGACAAGGCGGCUCGCAGCGGCUGA